GUUUUUGUAUCAGUGUUUCUCCUUCUGUAACACUGUCUCUGGCUUAUUGUCUGUAAAUCUGUCUGUAUCUUUUUGUUUCUCUCUUCCUGACUGUAACUCUCUUCUCCUGUCUCUACCUGCCUAUCUUACUGUCUAUCUUGGGCUUUUUUUUUUUUUGCCUCUUUGCAAUACUUUCUGUCCCUUUCCUUCAUUGUCUGAGUCUGAAGCUCUUUUGUUUGUCUGCCUUUCUGUGGGGUUCACUAGCACCCCCUACACCUCUCUCUAAUGUUUGUCUCUAAGCAGGAGACAAGUCUUGUCUCUCCAUUGAGUUUGUACUCGACUCUGGGGCUCCCCUCCAGCUCCUUUCCCUGAUCCUGGGUGGGGGGGACAUUUGAGCCCUCCUGGGUCCUAGCCAGUUAGAACUGGAGCCCUGGGCCAGGACUGACAGGGGGUAGUGAAGCCGUGGGGGAGGGAGAGGUUGUCCCAGCUGUCAACAUCCUUGAUGGAUUAGGGGCAGGCCAGGGCCUGUAGCCAGCAUGUAGGAGUGGAACUGUGCCUGAGGAUUGUGUGUAGAGAAGGGAGAGGUUGUGGUGGAAAGCCUGGCUUCCAUGGGGAGAAACACUGGUUGGCCCCUCAGGGGAACGGCAUCCUGGGCUGGUUCCUUUCCUCAGCCCAUAUGAAAGGGGUUCCCCCAGGAGCAGGGGCUGCAGCUGGGGCUGGAAGCCCACCAGGAAAGGCAGGUUAUGGCGCACUGCCUAAUGGCUAUGGAGCAGGAGCUCCCAAUGGUGCAGGGGCUGGAUUCCAAAGCCCCACAGGGAAAGCUGGAUACAGGAAUGGACCAGGAGCAGCAGCCUUCCCUGGAGCUGGAGCCCAGCCAGGCCUUGGAGGGGGGAUGAAACCUCAAAAAGCAGCAUAUAGGAAUGGACUAGGUAAUGGAGCCUUUCCAGGAGCUGGAGCCCAGCCAGGUCUUGGAGCUGGAACCAAAUCUCAGAAACCAGGAUAUGGAAAUGGGCUGGGAAAUGGGGGGUUCCCUGCGGUUGGAGCCCAGCCAGGGAUAGCAGGGGGAAUGAAGCCUCAGAAAGCAGGUUAUGGAAAUGGACUGGGAACUGGGGGCUUUCCCAGGGCUGAAGCCCAGCCAGGAUUUGGAGCAGGAACCAAGCCUCAGAAAGCAGGCUUUGGAACAGGAACCAAAAUUCAAAGAGCAGGAAAUGGAAAUGGGCUAGAAGUUGGAGCCUUCCCAGGAGCUAGAGCUCAGCCAGGUCCUUGUAGUGGAAGCUCCAUUCCAGCUCUUCCUCCUAGGCCUCCCAAUGGAGUAGGGCCUGCAACUGGGAGUCCCUCAGAAAAAGGAGGAUUGAGGGCUCAGAAUGGCUAUGGACCAGUUUCUCCCUCAGGCCUUGAAGAUGGAUUAAAGACUCAAAAAACAGGACUCAGAAAUGGUUUUGGAGCUGGACCCUUUCCAGGGGCUAGGAAUAUGCCAGGCUAUGGUGGCAUGUAUGGCUAUGGAGCAGGUCUCAGAGGAGGAGCCAAACCAGAGAAAACAGGCUAUGGAAAUGGAUUGGGAGCAGGAGCUUUCCCAGAGGCUGGACUGCAGCCAGGGAGUGGAACCCCAAAUGGUUUUGGAGCAGGCCUGGGUGGUGUGAAGCCUCAUAAAGCAGUUUAUAGCAAUGGACUAGGAGCUGGAACCUUUCCUGGGGCCAGGGCCCAGUACACAGGUUUCCCAGGGGCUGGAAGUUAUCCAGCCAAUGGCUACAGCAAUGGAUAUGGAGCUGGAGAAGCUGGAUACCCUAAAUCUUCCCUUUAUGAAAAUGGUGGGGCUAGCUCCUUUGGUCCUCAAGCGGUCCCCUUUCUCCCUGGAGGUUCAGACUCUGGAGCCAAGGCUGUUAAACAUGAUUAUGGAAAUGGGGUGGGCGCAGCUUCCUACCCUGCAGAUGGAAGCCCACCAGGUCUCUAUGGUCAGUUAAGACCAGAGUCAGUCCCUGGGACUUAUGGUGGACCAGAUGUGAAGCACAACUUCAAUGGCUUCCUAGGAAAUGGCUAUGGAGGUCGAUGUCCUCCAGGGAAAUGUUGAGCCUAAAGAUGUCCCUCCAAUAUCCCCAAUCUGAAGAUCUUCAGGGGAGCUUGGAGCCCAAGACUCCCUGGCCACCUUUCUUGCAAUCAGGCUUUUUGGAAAGAAACAGGCUCUUUGGGAAGGGAGUCUCCCCUCUGCCCCAGGAGGGUCCUUCUUUGGUCUCUUAAACCCAGCCUUAUAAAGGGCCCCUCAAGGUAGAGAGUAGGAGGAAAUCCUGGGUCUGUUAAUAAAAGGAUUCAAUUCACAA